UCCUCGCCAUACAUAUAUAUGUAUUGUGUUUGUUGGCAUAAUUCCUCUAGUAUUUACAAUCAUCAAUUUCCAACUGCCAUUGUUUUUUUGCAAAUAAUUACUUACUACGUAUGUUAUUGAAUAAAUAACAAUGAUGGCAUAUGACAUAUUAGUUUUAUAAAAUGUCAGUGUCAGUAGUAAUCUCAAUUUAGUUAAGUUAACCUCGACAUACCUGCCAUGGGGAACUAUGCGGGUAACAUUAUAAUAUAUUUGUUGGUAUUAUUUGCCCUGGGCAUCAUCUAUGGAACAACACAAAUUGUGAAGUCCUUCACAAGCAGUCAGUCUGAUAUACUGAAACCCUCCGUCUCCUAUAGCUGGAUUAUCAGGCUGGCUCUCAAUGUACUUGGUUAUGGAACCGUUUUAUUGCCAGGCUACUUGGUGUACAAAUACAUCUGCUUCAGUAAAUAUCUGCAGAGAGGUGGUUCGGGAUUCUUAGUGAAAUUAAUUAGAAAAUGUUUCGUGGGAAGUGGAGAAUCGGGGCUACUUGAUUCACCGUCAUAUACAGCACAAGCUACUGGAUUGAGAGAUUCUCACACGUUCUCUCAGGAUGCAAUUCUCCUGAUCUAUUGUUUCUUUGGAUUGCAAUUUAGCUAUUUGACGUGGGGAUAUCUUCAAGAGAAAAUUAUGACACAGGAGUAUGUAAAUACUGCCGGUGAGAAACAACACUUUCAUGACUCUCAGUUUUUAGUAUUCGUUAAUCGAAUACUAGCCUUGGUAAUGUCAGCACUGUAUUUAGUGGUGAAACGUCAACCUCGUCAUGUGACACCUCUCUACAAGUACGCAUUCUGCUCACUAUCUAACGUAAUGAGCAGUUGGUGCCAGUAUGAGGCCCUGAAGUUCGUAAGUUUUCCAACUCAAGUGUUGGCCAAGACCUCCAAAAUCAUUCCAGUGAUGAUUAUGGGAAAGAUCGUGUCACGAGUUUCGUAUGACUACUAUGAGUACGUCACUGCCGCCCUCAUUUCAGUGGGGAUGACUCUGUUUAUGCUGGGAAGCAUAGAGCACGAGAAUGCCGGUGCUACCACUAUUUCUGGGAUUAUUCUUCUCACUGGUUACAUGGUGCUUGACAGCUUCACGAGUAAUUGGCAGAAUGCACUGUUUCAGGAAUAUGGAGCUACUAGUGUGCAAAUGAUGUGUUCUGUCAACAUGUUUUCCUGUAUGUUGACUGCUACCUCGCUUUUUCAACAAUCAAGCUUUGCGCAGACACUUGAAUUUGUUACGAAGUUUCCAGUAUUCAUUGUCGACUGUCUACUUAUAUCGAUAUGUUCGGCCAGUGGUCAGUUAUUUAUUUUCUACACAAUAGCUAAAUUUGGAGCUGUAACAUUUGUGAUUAUAAUGACGAUUCGUCAGGGAUUAGCAAUAUUGUUGUCCUGCUUAGUUUACAACCAUCGAAUAACAUCUUUCGGAGUGAUAGGUAUCCUCCUGGUAUUCGGCUCGAUUUUCUUGAAAAUCUACUGUGGCAAUCGAUUACGAGCACUUCGCAAUCGUAGCCGAGAGAAUGCGCCUAUAAAAGAUUGAGUGUUUUUUUUAUAACGGAAAUAUAUAUUAAACUUCUAGUAAUUAUAUUUUUCUGAUAAUGAGAAUAAUUAUUCAACAUAACAAUAGCAUAAAAUAACGAUUCUGUACUUAGACUUUUCAAACGCGAACAAAAUUACUGGAAGAAAGUAAUGCAUGCGGUAAAAAAUACUAGCGGAUUGAAAUGUUGGAUCGACAAAGUAAAUCAAAUUUGAUUUCUGCCAAGUUUGCAUUAACAAUUCAUUGGCUUGAAAUUAUCAGGCAAAAUUAAUAAAAUUUGAAUGCAUAAAUCAACUAAAUCAUCAUAAUCUGUGCCGCAAAUAGCAGCCGAACAUUUUUUCUUUAUCGAGACUUGUUAAGCAUCAAUGGUGAAAAUGGAAAGGAAGUAAUUGAAAAAAAGUCAUAUAAUUUACAUACAUUCGACCAUAAGAGUAGAUACUUUAUUUAUUUUAAGAUACAGGGCAUUAUCAUUUAUUAAAUUAUAUGAAAUGUUAUUAAAAAUUCUACCCAAACUCACUGUAACCACAUAUGUCUAACUGAACGUGCAGGACUAACUGUGGAUAAAGGCGUAAAAGGUGAAAGAAAAACAUAAUAAAAAUAUGUUGAUAUUAUA